UACGAUUCAUUUAACUUAUUUUCUUCCAAAAGUUAAUUACCCAAAGCCUCUGUACACCCCCUUCUAUUUACAUGUAAUGGUUUGGUCCUGCCUCCAAACGCGGUGCGGCACCGGCACUUGCAGAGAGUGAAAGCAUGUGAGGAGGGAUGCUAGUACUUAGCCUACAUACAUGUGUUGUACCAUGUUUCAACGACCAACAAAGUCAGGCUCUAAGAAAAGAAGAGAAAGGAGAGAAAGACAAGAGAGAGGGACUAAAGGGCGACAGUAUGUCACACAGUUUUUCACAAGAAAAGAUCUUUGAAAGCCGUCAGUCAUGUCCACCGGCAGCAGCGUGAGAUCGUACAAGGAGCGCUGCGUGGACCCGGUGGAAAACAGACUCCCUGAUCCCAGAACAGUGAACAAAGCUCACCUGAAGGACUCUAACGGGAAAGAAUCAGAAACCAUCGGCUUCAUCCCUGGUUCGGCUGAUCCUUCAUCUGCGACGCAAACCUGCAACCCCUGCGUACCGACAAACAGCUGCAGGAGUUUUGUGUGCAGCGUCUUAACAUGUGGACUGUAUCGAGUCUGCCAGAGAUCCAUCUUAUCUCCGUGCAUCAAGGAGAGAUCCCCGGAUGAACCAGAGAGCGUGAGUCUACCAUCUGUAAACGCAGGAGGAAACAAAGAAGAGGAAGACGACGAAGGAGAUUGGCUCGGCGACGUCUGCUUCGCCGGAGUAAAAGUCAACACUUCAAGAGAGUAUUUAGAUGAAGAUAGAUCUCAGUCGUUUGUGGUUUCAACCGGUGGUCAGAAACAGGCGUCGCUGCACGAGUCCAUGAGGUUUUUGGACUGGGAGGACGGAGAGGAGAACGUGGAUUCUCUGAUCACAAAGAAGCUGCUGGAGCUUUACUCUGAGUAUCAGAUCGAGGAGUUGGCCAGGUGCACGACAGACUCUGUGUUCCUGAGGAAGAGCAAAGCCAUCAACCAGCUCAUCAACUCUCUGGCAGAGGAACAUAAGAUGGGAGAGCAGGAGGCAGAGUGCAGAUUGGUGAGAGGAAUCAUCCGCAUCAGCACCAGAAAGAGCAGCAAGAGGAGGCCGAACGUCUCUAAGGGGGAGAGGACGAUGUCGGACAGCGGCAACGAGACCAUGAGGGAGAGCGACUCAUUUUCAUUCAGCAACAACAAUGACUACAAAUCAAAUCCAAACAUCCAGAUAUCAGAGCUGACCUCCUCGGACCAGUGUGCCAGAGAGAUGUGGAGGGCCAACGGAGGUCGUACCUCCAGCUCCUCCUCUCACGCGGAAACAAACUCCUCAGGUGUGCCUCUCAUUCGCACCUCUGUGAGAACAUGAGUCCUGCAGAUUCUACGCUUGAAUUAUUAUUAUUCGUCCUGCCGUGUCACCAAGGUCACGCUAUGGGGACGUUGAAAUGCGACACUUCUUGCACUCAGGAGACUUUCUGAGCCCGGCUCUCUGCAGGAAAGAAAAAAUAUGAAAAAGCUCCACAUUGUCUGAAGGACGUCGGUGAACUCAGGGUAGCGUGUAGAUAUUUAUGCUUGGAAAUAUAAUGUGUAUAUUUGAAGGAUUGCCUGAUAGAGCAGGUAGAUAUCAGCAGCAGCAGUUUCACCGUGCCUUCGUCCUUGAAGGAGUCAUUGCUCAUGAAACCUGACUCGUUCGACUCGCCCCUUCGUUUUUCUCUGCUUUUUUGUUUUGCAAAGAUGCAUUUCAUCAAAUUGUACACAUCUUAUAUUUGAUUUUAAACUCAUUUGUGUGACUUUUAAACUGUAUUCAAAGCUCUUAAUUCAGUGGUUAUGCUUGACAUAUUUACAGUAAUUUAUGCUUGGGUAGUUUUGCCAUAUUUCAUAUUAAUGUGGCUAAAGUGUGAAAAAAUGAAGUAAUACUGUUUUGUUAGGAAGGAAAAAGCAGUUUUGUUGAAUGGCUCAAAUCCUGUUCUUUUAAACGUUUCUUUUUGCCUGGAAGUACAGAAAUACAGAAACCAAAGAAGUUGUACUUUAAGACAUGGGACUUUCAAAAAAGCCAAAGAAGUUGUACUUGUUCAGUGCGUAAUGAACCAAACUUUGUCUUGGACACAAUUUGCUUUGGUGUAAUUGCAUGAUGACUAUUGCAAACAACUUUUAAAAUGCUUGUUUCCUGAAUGGAGUUUGGUUUCGAUCAGAGCUAAAUGCUAACACUUUAGCCGCUCAAUUAUCCAGUGUCAUCUAAAUCAGGCAUUGAAACGGCAGCGUGAUCUUGUUUUAAAUCAUUGAUAUCUUCAUAAUGUGUAACUUUAAUAUGAUAUGAACUCACCGCCACUUACAAUGUAUAUUAUUAAUUAAGGUACAAAAGAAAAUACAUACAUAUAUCUUUGUGUCUUUGUUGUCAUGACAACCAAUUCAACUUAUCAUUGUUGUCCAGACAAGUUGAAAGCUACAGAAAAAGUGAAUAACUGUGCCUUGAGUCAAGAUGUGUCUUCUUCUGUGAUGUCCAAACAAUGUGUGUGUUUAGCUUAAGUAUAAUAACAUGAAGCGAAACGGCAUUUUCUAUGGCCGUCCUGUCUGUAACUCAUAUCUCAUAAAAUGUUCUUAAAUCUGCUGUGACCUGCAGCUAGACUUCAGGUUGUAUCCAGUGAACUAUAACUUAUUAAGGACAUUAUCUGAGGCUGACUCAUGAAAUGAAAGUCUGUUUUGCAUGUGGUGUUUGCUCCUGGGUGCUGAUGGGAAUUUUGCCAGCUGACUCGGUGGAAUUUAUCUGUGCUUCUUAUCAGCAUUUGCUCAUAGUGUAAUGUUGCAGGUAAUACACGUAUACAGAACUCUCCAGAUUCUCACAGCAUCUACUCUCUCGUCUUAGCAUACAGAAUAAACGACUUAUGUGACAGGAUAGUUUAGCUAACUAAACCACACAGCAUGUUUUUAGUGUGUCAGGAAUUUGGCUUCAAUGUGGUUUUUAAUAAAAUGAUGUGAAACUGGUAGCUCUGGUUUUGAUCCAGGAACAUACAUGCAAUGUCAAAUUGAUUAAUGUGUCAUAUCAACUGUCAAAUAAUCGUUGGAUUCAUACUUUGCAUUUUGUUUGCGUUCAGAAGGUUUUUCUUAUAUUGCUUGUACUCUCGCCAAGAUUUCAUAUUUCCUGCAAAGAUGUGUUGUGCCUAUAUUGCCAGUAACCUAUCGUUUAACUGUAAAAACAAUAAAGUAAAUUAAGU